AUGUUGCUGGCUCGAUUUGAGAUUGUUCAAGACGUUAAUGUUCAACCUCCAAGUGCAUCUGCACAUGCGAGUGCGAGUGCAAGCUCCUCCGUUGGAAUAGGAAGAGGUUUGGGUGGUCUUGCAGGAAUAAAUCUAAACGACCUCCUAGGUAAUGGUAUAUUUGCUGGACACGUUGGAGUGCAGCCACAGAUAGCCGUUAGACGAGCCCCUACUAUUGCCAGACCAAGGCGGACCUUUAUUUUGGGACAAGGUCUACCCAGGGGUCAUUUUGCACAACAGGCUCCGGUAUCUGUACCGGGUCUACCUGCUGGUCUUCCAGCUGGAUCAUCAACAAUGAUGUUUGAUACGCCAGACCCACAAACACCCGAUACGCCAGAUCUUGUUUACGCACCACGAAGUAUUAUGGGCGAUAUGAAUCAAAUUGAAGCUUUACGGAACAGGCACGAAGCUGACGGUGUUGUCUUUAUAUAAGAAGCGGAAGUGGCGUAUAGCAAGAGGUUUUAUUCAGUUGACGUUAUGUUUCAAAUUGACUGAUACAACGUUACCCGUUUUACUCUUUUUGUUCUUAUCAAUUCUCUUCAAAUUGACUUUAUGGAUGGGUUGAGUUCCUGGAUCUAACCUCCAACUUAACUCCUCAACGUAGAUAUAUUUAUAUAUAAUACAUAUAUUAUUUUUAGAAUUCAUUUUAUUUUUAUAUGAUGUACGCUUAUUACCAAAACAACUUAACCAUGUCACAACCAUUGCAAAUGACAAAGGUGCAAAAAAACAACUAAAUUUUUCUGAUGGAAGUAAUUGUUAUAGUAAAAGAACAUGCUAUGUCAGCGACGUAAAAGACAUUUUAUGUGAAGUUACGGACACUGAUAAAUGUGUUUCUGCAAAGGUAAAAGCUUUGUUAGUGAAUAUCAGCUAAUUUCCUUUGUUAUGAACGAUAGUGUCACACAGAUUGCCUUAAAGAAUUCCGUAUUGCGUAAAUAACAUCUUAUUGUUAAGUACAAGGAACUUUAGUAGGGUAUUAGCAUCUGGAAACAGGAUACACAUGUUGUAGUUUUCAUAUAAAUACUGUCGCUCAAGAUACAUUUGUAACGAAUGGACCAAGAAUGAAUCAACACUCUAACAAAUUAAGGACUUGCAAUGAGGCAUCGCUCGAGAACUUGCUGAACCAUAUUAUUAUUUGUAAGGAAUGAACCAGAAAGGAAACAUGACAUUUUAAGAAGCUUGAAAUGAGACACUAUACCGAUAUCGUUCGGAAACUCACUGAUACAAUACAUCAAGUUUAAACGUGCUUGUACAAUAUCAAAUCUUAAUACACAAACAACGGUGGAGCUUUUCCUGUUUCGUCGAGUUCUUUAGGUAAAUUGUUUGGCGUUGAGGCAAUGUGGAGGACCAUAAGGUGUUUGACAUAACAGAUCUUUCUCGUGGACGUUGUUUCAAUGAAACCUUUUUUUUGCUCAUAAACACUUGCAUACAAUCUUCAAUUCGACAAAGAAACGAGAGAAUGUUGAAAUAUUUCUAUGUAUUUGCUUGUCUUGUCUUUAUCUUUCGUUCGCACAUAAUCUGCUUUAACCCUUUUCGGAAAUUCUAUAAAAACACUAGAAUUAUUAUAUAUAUUUUUUUAUCUUGUUUAAAUUAAAUACAAAAAGAAGCUGUCUUGUUGUUUAAAAUUUGUUUUCAUAUGCACAAAAAAGAAUGAGAGUAUGAGGAGGUGUAGAGGACAAAAAUAAUUUUUUUUUAAUUAUUAGAUUCGUUAAUUUUGUAUUAUACCUAUAAAUACAUUCCCCAUAAUUAGGAGAGUUUAAAUUGUGCAAUCGUCUGAAGCGGCUUUUUGUUCCGAAAUAAGUUCACUUUACAUCACCUGAGAAAGCAAUUAUAAUGUAUAUGAAAAGACAUUAUAAGCGAUGUUAUCUCAGCAUUGUGUUGCUCGAAGAUAUUGAUCCAAAUAAUUAUACAUAAAGCAAUCCUGGAUGGCUAAAACAGUUUGGGUAAGAUAUAAAGCUACCAGCAUAUUGAGGGAAAUUAUCAUUUAGUUUGGAGAAUCAUAUAAAUUUUAUUUAUGGAUAUGAGAAACUAUAUUUUGUAAUGUUUAGAGUGUACAAUUUAAC